UUCUACAUGACAAACCAAACUAUCCGAUCGUUACCGGGUCCAUCUUUCAACUACAAAAAGUUGUUUCGGAAUUUCAAGUUUAUAAAGCUUUGAGAUGGCUUCUGAACGAUAUAGUUUUUCUUUAACAACAUUUAGUCCUUCAGGAAAGUUGGUGCAGAUUGAAUAUGCUUUAGCUUCUGUUGCAGCAGGAGCUCCUUCAGUAGGAAUUAAGUCUUCUAAUGGAGUAGUAUUAGCUACUGAGAAGAAUUACAAGUCUGUUUUAUAUGAAGAGCACAGCAUACAUAAAGUUGAAAUGGUUACAGACCAUAUUGGAAUGGUUUACAGUGGAAUGGGACCAGAUUAUCGUUUAUUGGUCAGAAGGGCUCGUAAAUUGGCUCAGCAAUAUUACAUGAGAUAUGGGGAGCCUAUUCCAACUAGCCAGUUAGUUCAAAGAGUGGCUUAUAUCAUGCAAGAAUACACUCAAUCCGGUGGUGUACGGCCAUUUGGGGUUUCCCUUCUGAUUGCUGGAUGGGACAGUGAUAGGCCAUAUUUGUUCCAGUGUGAUCCAUCAGGUGCUUAUUUUGCUUGGAGAGCUACUGCUAUGGGUAAAAACCAUGUUAGUGGCAAAGCAUUUUUGGAAAAAAGAUACAGUGAAGAGUUGGAAUUAGAUGAUGCAAUACAUAAUGCUAUUUUAACCUUGAAAGAAGGUUUUGAAGGUCAGAUGACUGCUGAUAACAUUGAGAUUGGCAUCUGUAACAAGUCUGGAUUCAGGCGUCUAUUGCCUGCUGAAGUCAAGGAUUAUUUAGCUGCUAUAAAUUAACUUCUUUUCAUUUUGAAUGUAUACCUAUGAUUUUUACUCAAAUAAAGAAGUUCUUUUGUAAUAAAAACUCCUUGCAAAUUGUAUUCUUGCAAAUAAAAAAAAAAUGUAAAGUUCAUUAUUCAUAA